UGUGACGUCACAACAACGUCACGAUUUCACAACACAUCGAAACUCCAGUUAAAUAGCUGAUAGGACGAUAUGGCGACUUCCUCGGGAGCAAUGUCCAGCACAACUGAUUCUUACAGGUGAGUACUCAACACCUUACAGGUGAGUACUCAACACCUUACAGCGAUUCCAUAAUGAAAAGUUUGGAAGAAAAUGGAUACGCUGUGGUUCCGAAUGUUCUUACUGCUGAGGAGUGUGACAGAUACAUUGGCCAGUAUAAAUCCUGGUUACAGAGGUUUACAGAUGCUGGGCGGGAAUGUAAACACCAAAACUCCGUGAUCCAGUCAUACAGGACUGGUCACUUCUCGACUACCUGGGAAAUACGCCUGAAGUGCAGACCUGUCUUUGAAAAAGUUUGGAAAACUGAAAAGUUGCUUUCAAGCGCAGACGCCAUAGCCAUUUCCAAGCCACCAGAAGAGGGAAGCAAUUUAUUCGCAGAUCCUGAUAUUGAGUGGUUACACUUAGACCAGGCUGCCAGUAGAAAAGGCCCUCAUGCCUUCCAGGGCGGGGUCAACCUAGAGGAGAGCACUGAGACAGACCACUGCUUCCGGGUAAUGGCAAAAUCACAUUUGUAUCAUUCAGAAUUUUUCAAGGCAUUUCCAAGUGCCGCAGCAAGCACAAAACGAUUAGAAUUUUACAAAUUAAACCAGGAGCAAAAGGCUUGGUAUGACAAGAAAGAUUGUCAACGAACCAAAGUUCCAGUUCCAAAAGGCGGCAUGGUAUUGUGGGAUUCCCGAACAGUUCACGACAAUGUCAAACCGGUUUAUGGCAGACCUCAUAGUGAUCGAUGGCGGUUCGUCGUGUUUGUGUCCAUGACACCUGCAAUUUGGGCUAGACCGGAAGACCUGUGGAUAAAAAAGAAAGCAUAUGAAGACAUCUUAACGACAUCUCAUUGGUCAUCCCAGGGUUUAAAGAAUUUCAGACCGUUUAAUCCGAGGAGUGGAGAGGAAAAAUUCACUAUACAUGAACUACCAGAUAUCGCAAAAACAAAAGAAGCCAGACUUCUGUUUGGAAUGGAGAAAUAUGACUUUGGCGAUGGUAAACCAAACGGACCAAAAGAACCGAUAAGGGUUUAGAUGUGUUCAGCAGAUGAUGGACCAAGUGACAUCGUAGUAACAUUGCAUCGUUCGUGAUUAAGAGGUUCAAAGUGUUUCCAUCAGUCAAGACACCUAUGUGAGCUUUGACCUUAUACCAAAGGACGUUACAAUGACUCAUGUGAUACAGUAAAGUGACCAUGCUGUAGGGUAGUGUGUGAACCAAACAACAAAUAUGCUGAAUUUUCCAUUUUUUUUUAAAUUUUUGAAUUUUAAUGUUGAAAUUUUCAUCCUUAUAAUAUAUAUUCGGACGUAGCUGAGACAUUUUAUUCCACGUAAGCUAAUUUGACGUAACAAAUAAGUUCUAAAAUGGACACUUUUUUAGAAAACGUUCCGGUUUUAUUUCCUUUUCUUACGUGAUCUGCAAAAGUCAGUGUAAAGUGUAUGCUUAUAAGCCAAUCAUGAUCCUUGUUACAUACCAAUAAGAAUGAGGAAGAUGUUUUCGUACUUUAAGCAAUAUACGUUUAUGAAAUUUUAGAAUGUUAAUGUUUUAUCACCGAGAUAAAAAAAAAUACACGGAAACUUUAAAAUAUCCUCUGUAAAAAAGACAUAGCCUGACAUUUGUUUGUAUGUGAUAGGUAAUAUCAAAUAGCAAUAUGAAACUUAGGGUGGCUCCACCCUUUCGCAAUUAGCCAGCAGAAUUCAAUGAAAGUUUCACAUAAUGGUAACGUCAAUAUGUAGAG